AUGGAGGAUCUCGCUGUGCAUGGGAGCUUUGCCGAUAAGAGUGGAAGCGCGUCGAUCGCUGGGAGUAGAGUCUGGAGCACAGCGCUGUGCCCCUCUCUCAUGGUGGCGUUUUGCCAUAUCCUCUUCGACCCCACGGCCUGA